AUGGCGCCGCCGCCGCACAGCAAGCCUGAGAAUACUCUCAAACGCGCACAAGAACUCAUCGGAGUGCAGCAACCCCAGGCCGCCCUACAGCUCCUUCACGAACAUGUCAUAUCCAAGCGCACACGAAACAGCCCCAUCGCCUCGCUCGAGCCGGUGAUGAUCCUGUUUGUCGAACUAUGCGUCGACCUCAGGAAAGGCAAACUGGCAAAGGACGGCCUCUACCAAUACAAGAACACCGCACAGAAUACCAACGUUGGCACCAUUGAGGUCGUAUUCAAGCGCUUCAUCGAACUUGCGGAGAAGAAGGUUACCGAUGCUCAGGCAAAGGCCGCCGAGGUGCACAAGGCCACCGAAGGCCCUUCUGAUGGUGUAGAGGAGGAGGCAGCAGCUAAGGCUAUUGACGACCUUGAGGCUUCCGAGACCCCCGAAUCCAUCCUCCUCUCCACGGUUUCUGGCGAACAAUCCAAGGACCGCACCGACCGGGCCAUCGUUACACCAUGGCUGAAGUUCCUCUGGGAGACAUACCGCACGGUGCUAGAUAUCUUCAAGAACAAUGCGCGUCUCGAGAUCAUGUACCAGUCGACAGCCCUCCAGGCGUUCCAGUUCUGCCAGAACUACACCCGCAAGACUGAGUUCCGCCGUUUGUGUGAGCUUCUGCGCAACCAUCUCCAGAAUGCUGCCAAGUUCUCCUCCCAGAUGCACGCAAUCAAUCUGUCGGACCCAGACACCCUUCAGCGCCACCUUGAUACCCGCUUCCAGCAGUUGGACGUUGCGGUCAAGCUUGAGCUUUGGCAAGAGGCCUUCCGCAGUGUGGAAGACAUUCACACGCUACUCACUUUGAGCAAGCGUCCCGCAAAGAACAACAUGAUGGCCAACUACUUCAAGCAUCUUACCGAGAUCUUCCUUCGCAGCGAGAACUACCUUUUCCACGCCGCUGCAUGGAGCCGUUACUACAACCUCCUGCGACAGUCCGCUGCUGCCGUUGGCGCUGGACAGUCCAAGAAAGACAAUCCUCCCGUUACUGAAGCCGACAUCGUCAACACCGCCUCUUUUGUCCUUUUGUCCGCACUUUCCAUCCCCGUGAUCAGCACUUCCCGAUCGCGAGGUGCCCUGGUUGAUGUAGACGAGGCCAGGAAGAACAAGAACUCCCGUUUGACUAACCUUCUCGGCAUGUCCCAAGCUCCUACCCGUGCCAUUCUUUUCAAGGAUGCACUCAGCAAGGGCCUCCUCAAGCGCGCUCGUCCGGAGAUCCGGGAUCUGUACAAUAUCCUUGAAGUCGACUUCCACCCUCUUUCCAUCUGCCAGAAGAUUUCGCCCAUCCUCGAGCAGAUUGGUGCUGACGAGGCCAUGAAAAUCUACAUCGGCCCUCUCCAGCAAGUCAUUUUGACUCGCUUGUUCCAGCAGCUGUCCCAGGUCUAUGACUCAGUUGACAUCAGCUUCGUACUUAACCUCGCCCAAUUCCCUGAGUCAUUCAAGGUCACUAGCGGCACUAUCGAGAAGUUCAUCAUGAACGGUUGCAAGAAGGGAGACCUGGCCAUCCGCAUUGACCACGCCGCUGGUGUCCUUACAUUUGAUUCUGACGUCUUCUCUUCUGCUAAGGCUAUGCACCCUGGCUCAGGCGCAGGUUCCGCCGAGAGCGAAGCACGAUCGGUUCAGCGACUCCAGAGCACACCUGCUGAGAUCGUCCGAUCCCAGCUCACUCGUCUGGCAAAAUCUCUCUUUGUCACCUGCCAAUAUGUUGACCCGAGCUUCAACGCUGAGAGGCAAAAGGCCAAGGAGGCUGCCCUGCUUCGCACCAAGGAAGGUGCCGAGAAAGAACAUCGUGAGACCCUUGCUCGCCGCGAUAUCAUUUCACAGAAGAAGGAGGCUGCUCUUAAGGCACAGCAGGCGAAGGAUAGCGAGGAGCAGAGCAAGCGAGCCCUCCGCGUUCAGCAAGCCAAGGAGGAGGAGAGCCGCCGUCUUGCUGAAGAGCAGCGCCAGCGUGCUCAAGCACGAAUCAAGGCAGAACAGGAGCGCGUGCAGCGUGAGGAGCUUGAGAAGCAGAUCAAAGAGCUCAAAGACUCUGUGCAAGUUGACCUGGAUCUUCCAGAGGACAUCACUGAGCUCGACUCCACGCGUAUUCGUGCUAUGAAGCUGGCUGCUCUCGAGAAGGAGAAGAAUCUACUCGGUGAGCAGCUACGCAUUGCUGGCAAGCGUAUCGACCAUCUUGAGCGUGCAUACCGCAAAGAGGAGAUCAAGCAUCUCAAGAAUGAUUACGAACGACAACAGAAGGAGGAUGAGGACGCAUACGAGAAGGCUAGAGAGGAAGAGCUCAAGGAGGCUGAGCAAAAGCACAAGGAAGAUGUUGCAUUGAAGCACCGUCUGUCCAGGCUGGUACCAACCUACCAGAACUUCGUCAACGAAGUCAAGCAGUCACGCAGAGCAGAGUUCGAGAAGCGCAGCAAGAUCGCACAGAAGGAGCUCGAGCAGAAGAAGGCGAAGCGUGUUCAAGAGAUCAAAGAACGCAUUGCCAAGGAGAAGCGCGAACGAGAGGAGGCAGAGCGACGAGAGAGGGAAGAGCAAGAGAGAGAGGAGGCCGAACGGGAAGCCAAGGAACAGGCGGAAGCAGAGAGGCGGGAGAAGCUUUUGGCGGAGAAGGCAGCCCGCGAUGCGGAGAGAGCCGAACUCGCCGAGAAAGCACGCCUUCAGCGACAGCGAGAGGAGGAGGCCGAGGCAAGGCGCGCCGCGAAGAAGUCUGGAGCCGCACCUUUUGCCCGCGAUGCUCCGGCACGCGAUGUUCCGGCCCGCGAUACUCCGGCCCGCGAAGAACCCACAUCUUCUGCUGGUGGUCCUCCUAGACUUGCACUUGCGGGCAGCAAGCCAACAUGGCGCGAGCGUGAGGCCAUGAAGGCCGCUGCUCCCGCACCAGCAGCUGAAGAGGCACCCAGGCGGAACGUUUUUGUUCCCCCUCAUCUCCGUAACCGCGACGGCGGUGAUGCUCCUGCUGCUGGCGGAUGGCGAGAACGUGAAGGCAGCGGACGUGGGUCCCAGGCUGGCCGCAACGAGUCUCCUGCCGCUUCUUCCGGUCGUUACGAGGCGCCUGAGCGUCGAGGUGGCUUCAAGCCUCGCGAAGACUCUGACAGGACAGGAUCUCCUGCAUCUGGAGGCGGUUAUGUGGCCCCAGGCCGACGUGGCACUCCGGGAGAUGCUCCCGAGAGCUCGCGUCCUCCCCCAGCACAGGCUGCCAGCGACGGCAAGUACAGGCCCGGUGCGUUCAGGAGAGGUGGACAGUAA